CGCAUUUCGCGAAAGGAGAAAAUCCCGUGGAGGAAUCCCAGAGUGACAAUGGCUACCUACAGCCUGGCGAACGAGCGGCUACGCGUACUGGAAGACAUUGAACGGGAAAUAGGCGCCAUUCUCCAGAAUGCAGGUACGGUGAUUCUGGAGCUGUCGAAGGAAAAAACCAAUGAGCGGCUCCUAGACCGCCAGGCGGCGGCAUUCACGGCGUCGGUGCAACACGUGGAGGCGGAGCUGUCAGGUCAGAUCCGCUACCUCACCCAGGUGGCCACAGGGCAGCCCCAUGAGGGAUCCAGCUACUCUUCAAGGAAGGAUUGUCAGAUGGCCCUGAAGCGAGUGGACUAUGCCCGCCUCAAGCUCAGUGAUGUGGCCCGAACCUGUGAGCAGAUGCUGGAAAACUAGAUCAGGCAGGUGGAGCAAGAGCUUGGAAGGAGAACAUCACCUGCAUCCUGGGUGGAACCUGGAGACCUGCAGGAUGGGGAGCGUGGGCUGCCGCAUGUGUGCCCUGCAGGUCAGAGUGUAUGAGGGCAAAGAAGCAAACAGUGGGAAUGGAGAAACUUCAAGACCCAACCAGCCCACAACUAAGCCCUGGCUCCUCCAGCAGGGUGCUCCUGCUCUGCACUU